AUGAAGAGGAAUUCUGGGAACUGGGUAAUGUACUUGUUGGUGGUGGCUGGAACAGCUUUAAUGCUGCUGCUUAACUCAUCUGCAUGCAUCAGCGCAGCUAGCUUACCUAUUCCCGAAGCAGCCUUCGGCGUCCAUACUGACACGGUGGUAGUGGCAGCAGCAGCAAUAACUAGCAGGAAGCUUCAGGAGGAUUCAAAAUCCGAGCAACAUUCUGCAGAAGAAGAAGCAGCAGGUGAUGUGGUGGGGCUGGAAGAUUACAGGCCGAUAGAUCCAGUGCCAAGCUCAAAGGCAUCAGUGAAACCAGGGCCAAUUGAACAUGGGACUCCACUCAACCCUUUCAUCCCCAGGAGCCCUCCUCCUACACCUCCACCUUCCUCCUACUAA